UAUAAUAAUGUCCAUCUCCCAACUCUUAGGGUUUCUAGUACUCUUACUGACCACCCUCCAUUACUCAUCAGCUUCUACUAAUUAUCAUUUCAAGGUGAAAGAAGCUACAUAUACUAGAUUAUGCCACACAAAGAACAUCCUGACUGUAAAUGGACAAUUUCCAGGACCCACUUUACAAGUUCAUAAGGGUGAAACAAUCUUUGUCACAGUCGAAAACCAGGGCAGAUAUAAUAUUACCAUUCACUGGCACGGAGUGAAACAACCUAGAAAUCCAUGGUCCGACGGUCCUGAAUACAUUACGCAAUGCCCGAUUCAGCCUGGAGCAACGUUCAGGCAGAAGGUGAUAUUUUCCGGGGAGGAAGGGACCUUAUGGUGGCAUGCUCACAGCGAGUGGUGGCGAGCUGAGGUUCAUGGUGCUAUUUUUAUUUACCCUAAACCAGGAACUUCAUAUCCUUUUCCACAACCUUAUGCUGAAGUGCCUAUCAUUUUAGGAGAAUGGUGGAAGAGAAAUAUUCAUGAAGUGUAUGAGGAUUUUGUUAGAUCAGGAGGAACCCCUAAUGUGUCUGAUUCUUUUACUAUUAAUGGUCAGCCUGGUGACUUGAUGCCUUGCUCAGAAUCAGGGACAUUCAGGCUGUUAGUGGAGAGAGAAAAGACAUAUCUACUCCGAAUGGUGAAUGCAGCACUGAAUGAUAUUCUAUUCUUCGCCAUUGCAAAUCACAAACUCACAAUCGUCGGAGCAGACGCCGCUUACACUAAGCCAUCAACAAAUGGUUACUUAGCAAUAGCUCCGGGACAAACCCUAGACGUUUUAUUACACGCCGAUCAAAACCCCGACGACACUUAUUACAUGGCCGCCAGAUCUUACACUAGUAACCCUCUCGUCGACUUCGACAACACAACAACCACCGCUAUAGUCCAAUACGACGUCGGAGAACACACUACUCCGUCUUCAUCUCCGUUGUUACCUCUACUUCCUGAUUUUAACGACACAACCGCCGCCUAUAACUCUUUUGAUAGCCUCAGGAGUUUAGCGUCUGAAGAACAUCCUGUUGAUGUUCCGACACGUGUCACAGCAAAUAUAUUAUCAACUGUCUCCCUUAACACGUUUCCUUGCCCUGGAAAUCGUCCAUGCGAGGGUCCAAACGGUACCGUUUUAGCUGCGAGUAUGAACAAUAUAAGCUUUGAGCUGCCACCCAUUGACGUGCUUGAAGCUUACUACUAUCAUAUUCCUGGGGUGUUUGGAUACAGGUUUCCAAGUGAACCGCCGCUGUUAUUUAAUUUUACAGAACCGUUUUUGCCGUUGGUUUUACAAAUUCCGAGAAGAGAUACUCAGGUGAAGGUUGUGCGAUAUAAUUCAGAAGUGGAACUUGUUUUUCAAGGAACGAGUUUGCUUGGUGGUCUUGAUCAUCCUAUGCAUCUUCAUGGCUUUAGUUUUUAUGUUGUUGGACGGGGUUUUGGUAAUUUUGAUGAGAAUACAGAUCCUCAGAAUUAUAAUCUUGUUGAUCCUCCUUUCAGAAAUACAGUAUCUGUUCCCAUUUUGGGCUGGGCAGCCAUCAGAUUUACUGCACACAAUCCUGGAGUUUGGUUUCUGCACUGUCAUCUAGAUAGGCAUAUGACUUGGGGUAUGGACACUGUUUUCAUUGUAAGCGAUGGCGAAAGUGACGAAUCAAGGUUGCUGCCACCGCCACCGGACAUGCCUCCAUGUUAGAUGCUGUAAUUUAAUGUAUCAUCUUAUUAAAAUUAUACUAUAUAGUGUGGUUGUAGCUAAGCUUCAACAAAUAUUACAAGGGGUCAAUACAUAAUAUAUAUUGCUCCAAGUAUACAUAUCAUGUUUUUCAAGUGAAUUUAUCAUAAAAGCUUUGUAUUGAUGGACUAUAAAAGUGUUGGGACAAAUAAUAUAUAGAUA